UUAUCCUCUUAUCUCGCCGGCCGCCUUCCUCCGCCUGCUACGCCGCACGCCCACGCCUCCCAUGACAGCUCCGAAUCUCAGGCAUGCAGCAGCUCGCCAUCCCAAGUCGCCGACGCCCAAGCGGCUGCUCGUCCGCCCCGGAUUUCCCCCUUCCCGCUAUCUGAAAUUGCAAAUCAGCGAGUUUCUACCGAACGCCCGGACCUCACCUGCAGGCCCCCGGCUCCAGCCGCCCAAAUCUCACCUAACCCUCCACUCACCCACCUGCGCCAGCUCUAGAGAAGGAGGCGCCGGUGAGCGCACGAUCGAUCUAGUCCGUUAGGUGGGGAGCAGCCAUGGCGGGGCACGGGGAGGAGGAGCCGCCAACGACGGGCAAGGUCGGAGGCGACAAGCUGAUACUGCGGGGGCUGCAGUUCCACGGGUUCCACGGCGUGAAGCAGGAGGAGAAGACGCUCGGCCAGAAGUUCGUCAUUGACGUCGACGCCUGGAUGGACCUCGCCGCCGCCGGGGACUCCGACGACAUCUCCCACACCGUCAGCUACAGCGACAUCUACAGGAUAGCCAAGGGUGUAGUAGAAGAUCCGUCCCAUAACCUUUUGGAGUCGGUGGCUCAAUCGAUUGCCAACACCACGCUGCUCAAGUUCCCUCAGAUCUCUGCUGUCCGAGUGAAGGUCGGGAAACCUCAUGUCGCGGUGCAGGGCGUCGUGGACUACUUGGGAGUGGAGAUACUGAGGCACAGAAAGGCAUGAGCUUGAGCAGAACUUCAUUUGGGAAAGCCUGGCCAAAAUGCCCCCUCAGAAUUGCAGUUGAGCUGAUUUCUGUGUCUCAUCUAUAAACGUGCUGUUGAUUGUCUUGUUACUCUUCGGCUGAUGCUGAAAUUGCCGCAAUCACGGGAAAAAGAUUGAUAGUGCUACGUAAUACUAGGUUUUGCGCAGACUGAAAUAAAGGUCAUCUUGCGAGUUGCGACGUGCA